AUGGCCGAUAUGGAAAUAAACGACACUGCCUUUUCCGCUAAAAUUUUCAAGGGAGUCAUCGUGGUCGAUUAUCAGUUGCAGGAAAUCUCCACACGCUCGUCGAGAUUGCCGCCUAUCUCGAACAAACCGUUGUUAUUGCCAUUUGCGAGAUUCAUGAGCCCCACUAUCUUGUGGGACUCUCCACGGGGAGCAAUCCCACCAAAAGUGUCUACAAAGACGAACCAUCCAAGGCUUGUCCUUUGUCUGAGGAGGACAAAGACAACAAAUGGCUGCACCUUGCAAAGGAUGACAGUGUCACAAAUGGGAGAAGAAACGCUACUCGACAAUAUCAUCCAAAACGCUCAUUUACCCUUGCAAGAGGCGGGGUUCCCGGACGACGAGAUUGUCAUUGUCAAAAACUACGACAACGACAAACAAGGCAAUGCCAUCCAAUGA